AGCUCAACGCAAGCUAUGGAUCGACACCGGAGAAAACGGCGGAGAGUAGACUCCGAGUUUGUUCUCUCCGACGUGAUUAGAAGUUGGCAAGGCGAAGAAGAUGAAGAUGAGAGAUAUGCACCGGGAAAGUUAACUCGUGUACAUAUGGAACUGGUGUACAGGCUUGAUAGCUCAUCUUUGGCCUGUCGACUAUGCGAAUAUCGAAACACGAACGGUCACGAGGAACAUCCGAUCUUCGUCGCUCCAGCCUCAGCUUCCCUAGACAUCCUGACAACUCACUGCCACGACAAACAUGGUGCUCGGCUGUGCCAGGAGUUGUUGAAAUUGGAUGAUGAAGGAAUCCAAGCAUCGAAGGCGAGGGUGGUUGAGGUGGACAAGCUGAGACGGGCGGAGGCGGCGGGUGAGGUUAUUGUGUUGGACUGAUGGUGCUGUCUGGUUUUUUGGACGAUGUCUGCGCUCAAACCUUUCUCUUGGCUGCUUAUUACUACCGCAGAGGCCCAAUUUGCUCUUUUAUAUUGUUGUACUCUUCUCUUUCGCUUUGACACAGCCC